GGCACGGCCAAGCGCCGCCUCCGCGCCGGGAUGCAGCCGCCGCCGCCCCGCUGGUGCAGGUAAGGAGCGGGGCGGGCCGCCGGGUGGGAUGCUCGGAGCACGGGAAUCCCCGCUGCCAACCCCCCCCCUGCAGCCCAUCGCCCCGAGGGCUGGCUUCUGGGGGAAGGGAAGGGAGGAUGGAAGAAAAAAAAAAAUACAAUACAAAAACCGAAAAAUUAAAAACGAAAAAUAGCAAAAUAGCGCCCUGAUUGCUGGCAGCUCGGAUGUCGGAGAACGGAGGUGACCCUCUGCUCGCCGAGCUGCUGACCCUCCCCGGGACGAAAGGAUUUUGAGAUUUUGAGAUUUAACUUCUCCCCCCACCCUCCAUGCUCCCCGUGUAACGGAUGCAGGCAGCCCUAGCAUCUAGCAGCGCUGCUGGCGCUGGGGCUUGGCAGCAGCACUUGGGAAGGGUAGUUUUUAGGAGACGCGUGGGGAAUUUGCAACAGAAAUAACAAGUUUCUCUGUGAUUGCAUGGCUAAUUAAAAAUGAAGUAUGCACACUGAAUUGGCAAACGGUCCUAAGCAAUGAUCUCGAGCAAUUCUGAGUCUUAAUAGUUUAACAUGUUUUCCUCUCCCAGCACAUUCAAAAUACCUAAACAUUGCCUUUGUAAAUGCACGCAGAGACUUCACUGUUGCCGAUUUUGUUUGCAAGGGAAUUUCAUUCCCACUGAGUGCUGGUGGGAGCAGCGGGUGCUCAGAGAGUCGGGGUCAUCCACUCCUGCUCUUUGGCAAAGACAGAAGGAGUGGAAUUCUUCCAGCAGCACAGCUGUGUGGUUGUGGUGCACAGGAUGACAUUCCCUGCUGAUGGAGCUCCUUGGGUGAUGCGUGCUUCUGGAGUUUGUGAUUUUGUGCAUGAAACUUGAGAAAGAGAUAAGGAAAAUAUGCAGCAGUUUCUGCAUGAGCAACCAAGAAGGUCGUCUCAGGACUGUUUAAUGCCCUGUAAUACAGCCAAUGGGGGGAUCGGGUUUCAUUUUGGUAAUUUAUUUUCAAUCUGGUGUAUUGCUACCUUUAUGUCAGUCUAUAUGCUAUUUAUAAAGUGCCUGCCUCUCUGAGGGAGUGCGUUUUUAUUUACUGUUUUCUCUCUCACAUUGUGUUUUUGUAAUGGACUGUACACUGAGAUGUUUCUGUGGUGCUGCUAUUGUGUAGCUUACAGAGAUGUAUGUUUUGGGAAAAACAGACACAUGCAGGUAGCUGUGGCUCUGCAUUUUAAUACUGCCUCUGGCAAGGAGAUGUUCAAAGGGGUAAAACAUUGUCAAAUGUACAUAUAAUGCUAAACUGAAUUUGGUGUGAACAAAAGUCACUCUUCAGCAUUUUCUCAGCUAAAACAAACAUAAAUCCAUACCUGAAGUUAUAAAGUCUGUCCAAAGAUUCAAAUCAGCCCUGAGCCAAGGGGCAGAUGACAAACACUUCCCAUACAAACAUUACGGUUUGCGGGUAUCCUGCCAUCCAUUCUGGAUGGAUGACCCAGAAGAAUAAUAUGGGACGGCACAAACAGCGCAAGGCUCAGUUCUGCAGAAAGUUAUUUGCACAUUCCUACCUUCAGCCAUUGUUAAUAACAAGCCUGAGGUCAGCGAGAUGACUGUAGUGCACAAAGUUAAGCAACUAUCUGCGUCUCUGCAGUACCGGGAUCUAUGUGGGCAUGUUUAUAGCUAAUCGUAGUUAGAGAAUAAUCCUGUGUGGCAGAAAACCAUGGCUGGAGGUAUGCAUGGCUCUCUAAUUUGUAGAGAUUUAAGACAUAGAAAAAAUUCUUCUGACUUUUAUAUGCUUACCAAGUUAAUUUUAAUCAGUUUUAAAAUGAAAAAUGAACUCCUUUUGUUAAAAAAUAGUUAGGAGUGGAGACAGUAGCUCUUCAUAAAACUUUUGUGUGUGCCUUCAUAAGAGGAGACAAAAGUAUUAUGUGAAUUACUGCGAGAAAAGCAGUCUAAUUAUUGAAAAAUUGAGUAAAUAUUCAAGUCAUAGCUUGGCCUUAUGUAACUGACUGAAAUUCAUGGACAGAGUCCUGCAUGUUUUUCUUUUUUCCUGGGAAACUUCAGACAUAAUUUCUUUGGGCCAGGCAUUGUAUACUUUGGUUUGUGCUUUGUUACUGAAAAUUAUUUAUUUUUGAAUAUCUGUAUAUUAAUAUGCACAUGUAGUCAUUUCAGAAAAAUAAUUUAUUUGAAGACUGAAGUUCUUAUACGAAAAUAUUCCUACAGGUGUUAUACUGCUUUUUGUAGAUAUUAACUCUUGUUCUCCAUCAUAGAAUAGUUUCCUAAAAAAAGUAUUAAAAAAAAUCAUUUGCAUCUAUAAAGACAAUGGUAUUCAAAUAUUUUCCUAAUGAAAAACUUUACCAGUGUGUACAGGUAAUUUCAGUUCCCUCAGGGAUCACCACAGCAUUUCCUUCCCAAGCUGAAUGGGAAAAAAAUGCUUAGUGUAAAGGUCUUUCUUUGCAUUCAAAUAGAAGGCUUAGAAACACCGAACUGGGUAAAACAGUAUCGUUACAACAUAAAGCCUUUAAAAUGGAAAAAUAUUCCAGAAGAAACUCUGGGGAUUUAUGAAAAGGAAGGCUCUUGUCUAGGGAUUUUGGUGGUGGGACAGUAAGCCUUCACGCUGCCCAACCCACUGUGGCUACCACUGGAAGAGCCCAUGUCUGUGACAGUGCCCAGGCACCUUAUGGAGGGGUGCACAAAGCAAUCAUCAGUCAGAUUUUUGAGCAUUAUGGUACAAAAAAACCGUGGUGCUGUCUUUGCUCUCAUUCUGAUGGUCAUGAACUAAGGCUAUCUCAAUACCUAAAACUCUUUCUGCCACAGGACCUGUUCUUUUGAAACUUGAUUUAGAUAGCAUAGUGAACACAAAAUACAUUUGUGUACUGAAUAUGAACAUUUAAAAAUACGAAAUCAUAUUUUCAGCUGUAAUAAACUAGCAAUUAUCAGGAGUAGUUUAUAAAAAAAUAUUGAAAGAAUCCACAUAGCAAUUCUGUAAUUACUGUAAUUGAUUAUGCAAUAUUUUAUAUUUAAUUUUAGGAUCAAAGGUAACUAUUGAUGGCAUUAGUUGGGAAUCCAGAUUGACAAUGUGCUGCUUAUCUUUCUGUCACUAAGAUAUUAAGAUUCAGCAAAAGAUGUAUCUUGAGGUAACUGAAUGUCUUACUUAAAUUGGUUUGUAAAAUUGUUUUAAUUUGAGAGGCUUUGUAUGUAGCACCAAGAACAAUUUAAAUAGCAACUGAGACGAACGUUAUGAAUGGGAGAAAAAGGAAAAUUAUACUGCAUAUAUUAAAACUAAUCCAUUUGGAAACCCAAAUCCUGUGGAAACAUAAGGAGUUUAAAAGGCUAUAAUUCCAGAACUAUAGGAUGACAUUAGGGAAUCAACUGUUAUUAAUAUAGCUUGGCAUGAAGAAUAGAGACAUAUGGAUAGGAGACAGAGAAUGUCAACAAUACUCAUAAGAGACCACCGAGAUUGAUUCAUCACGAAGGGUGAAAAGUAUUAAAUAUUUAACGCUUGGUUAAUUGCUGGUAAAUAAGGGACAGAAGACAAGAUAACUUUAAAAGUAUAUGAGAUAUUAGACUGACCAAGGAGAAAAUUUAACUACACUUUAAAGCUUGUAAGUAAUGUAGUACAAGGGCCUUGAGAUAUUGAUGCAGAGCUCUUAAGAAACAAACAAACCAACUGCAACUAUAACUGUCUCCAAGGGGAAAUUAGUUUAUUAUCUUUAGUAAUUUAGCUUCAAAAUCAACCUCCGUGUUGAAGAGUAGUAAACACAUGCGAAACAUACUUUCAGCUUUUAAUUAUUGUUGUUUUUUCUUUCUAUAUCAGUUAACUGAAAUCUUGCUUAUAAACUGAAAAAUUCAAGUUUUAUUCUUAAAUUCAUAGACACACAGACUCACAAAGCUUAAUGUUGGGGCAUCUAUCUGUCUCCUCCAAAGCUGCAUCAACUAUAUCAAUGUGUUUCCUGGCAGAUGCUUGGCUUAUAUUUUUAAGAACUUACUGAUGGAGGCUCCAUGAUCCACUCACUUCAGAAUAAUUUUCAGUGCUUUUCUAUUCUUCUCAUCGCUUUUUAAAUAUCGCACUUAUAUCUUCCUUGCUGCAGUUUAAGGCCACUAUUUCUUGUUGCUCUUUGCUGUAGAAAACAGCUUUUUUUACUGCUUUCCUAGUCCUCCCUUAUUGCUGAAUCAGUAUGAAAAGGCUAAGGAGCAAUAGAAGAUUUGCCUAGAAAAGCCCAUUGACACCUAGCUUUUGCAACCUAUGUGUUUUGCAGUUAAUUAAUGUAAACAGCUAUCAACAGACUUAACAAGUGUGGAUUAUGCAGAUUAUUGUAUUGGUUAUUUGUAAAAAUAUUCUUCGGUCCAUAGUAUUUAUUACUACGGGAGAGAUAGCUGAUGUACUUCUGUUUCGUAGCUAAUCAUGGACAGAGAUACAUCUAUAAGCAAGGAGAGCUUGCAAGGUGAUUGGCACUUAACCUUCACAGUAAAAUAGUACAGGCUUGGUACAUCAUACACUAUUCUGCACAAUUACAGUGAACUGACAAUGAUUUCAAGAUUCACUUUGCAAGCUACAGUUCUUUUAUCAGCUGUUUUCCCUCCAGUUUAACCCUUUUCUUCAUACUGUUCCCAUUACUUUGGUCUAUGGCUGAUGAAAAGUUGGAUUGCUACAGGCAAGAGGGACUGUACUGUCUAGAUGGGGAACAUCUUGUGUAUUGAUGUGCCCUGGAAUGUCUGAAAAUCACAUCAGUGCAAGUCUAGCAUCAGGGAUUUUUGACUUUUUGAGAACCUUGUAGGAAGGUACCUUCUUUGCCUGGAGAUGGGAUGUGUAUUUUCCUGUAGUAGGAAAGAUGGACUGACAUUUAAUAGGACUUCUACAUGAUUAUGCUCCUUCUUUCAGUGUUAUAAAUAGCAAAGGAUUUGUGUUUGUGCACUGUUGUCUUUGCUGAAUGUUACCUGUCUACAGAAUGGUGUUCGUACCUAAUGAAAUGAAUCUGCUUACGAUGCAGCCUUUCAGCUGUGUACAUUAUGACCCUGGAUGUAGAAGUGCAAGGGAAAUAUUAAAUGAUUGACUGAUCAAAGAAUAGGAUGUGGAGUGAAUAGUACUAGGUGUUGACUGGAGAAUAAAACAAACAAAAUAAAUAUGAUGGUGAAUGGUUUCCAUUUGGAAUAAUGGGAAUUUGAGUCAUAAACUUUUUCUUUAGUUCAGGACCUUGAAAGAACAGUCUCUCUGUUUCAUAAGAGCAAGAUUCUAUUUAUCAGUAAGAAAAAAAGUAUGAUUAUAGUGAUUUUAUUUCAAUUAAUGAAGUUAUUUUAAAAUUCUAGCUUUGCGCUGGGCAUUUUGAAUAGCAGUGAUUCUAAGCUUGUCUCACAUCUUUGUUUUUCACUCCAGUCUGCCAAAUUUUACUGGAACAAUGCUACUGAAUCAGGAGUUGAGUUCAGUAAGGUUUUAAACACACUGCAUGGCCUUCCUCUUGCUCUGAUUUCACACUGUGCAUUUUCAUGGGAUUGUUGCUGUUCAUGCGUGGGUGAACUUAAUUACCAGAGUUGUUAGCCUUAAGAAAACUGUCUUCUACUGUAUCCUUUUGCUUAAUUUGGAUUGCAUCUAGUUUAACAAUUCACAGCAGGAUUCUUUUUAUUUUGUUUCAUUAUCCUUUAUUUACUUGUAAGGCUGUUUUAUGUAAUGAUUCAUAUCUAAAAUCACACUCCUAUUUGUUGCCUUUAUUAAUGAAAUAAAACACUGUAAAUCAGAAUGGACAUUUUUACUGUGAUUUUUGAAAUCAGUCUUAAGGGUGGGCAAAGCUCUGACAAAGAAAACUGGUCAGGUUUUGAGGAGUGUUACGAUGUUUUGCAGUUGCUUCUUACCAUUGACUGUACGUGUAGCAUUUCCAUCACUACUUAUAUUUGAAUGAGAAGUCUGGUAAGUUGUAAGCAAGCUGGCGGUUAACUGGAAGGUCUGCUCACCAUUAUGGACAGUCCUCCCUGUCCUGUUGGUGGGGGGACAAAAGUCAGUAGGACUUUCUCACUCUUUACCCGGUUAGUAUUGGCUGUAGCUGCUCUUGUUAUUGCUGGAGAGCAGAGUAGUGUGGGAAAUAGAUCUGCUCUUGUGGUUAUACUGUUCUAUAUUUAAAGUUAUUAUUUAAAUUAUUACAUCCAGAGCUGCAGUUGAAUGCGUAACCAAGAUUUAUGUUGCUGUAGCAACAUGAAGAGACAACUGUGCUGAAUUUCACAGAUCUUUGAAGUAGGAGGUCUCCUAAUCCAAAAUGGGAUUGAGAAUUCCCAUCAGUGUGUGAAGAGCUUAGCUAAGAGGAGCCCUCAUUAAGAGACUGAAAUAUUUCAUAUCUGACACUCAGGCUGAAUUGAGUAAGUUCCUGCUGUUCAUCAAAGGGUUGGAGAAAACAGGCAGCUGCAAGAGAGAGAAGUAAAGGAAAGCCUGUGGCUCAAAUUAAUCAAGAGCAAUUGAUUUGAAGAGAAAUAGGAGGGAUGCAGGAUUUGAUGCCUAGCAUGAAAAUCACAGGAUGCUUCCGAGAGGCCGCUGACAAAAAGUUUUUAACAUGUUCUGGAAAUGGUGACUGGCCUGGCCAUAGAGGCAGUCACGGGAAGAACUGAGGGUGAGCCAAUUGAAGACUCACAGUGUUAUGAAUCAAUUUAAAAUAGUGGUGGUGAAAUAACAUGUGGUAAGGUAGACAGAGGAUGAUGUGAAAAUCUUUGGCUUAAAGGGAACUUGAAGUGAAUGACAGCAUUUUUGGACUGAACACUACCUCCUGGAUUUCAAUGUUAGGGCGCCUCUUGUAUCUCAGGGGCAACAACUGUUUUGAAAGGAAGAAAGUAGAUUCCCUUGGAUUCAGAAAACUUUUAGAGAGAUGUGUAGCUAUAAAAAUAUAUGGCAUGUUAGUACAAUUAUUUCUACACCCUGUGAAGCUGUCAUUUUUUAGUUUAUUUUUUUUUAAUUAUGCUUUUAUUUGUUUCAGUAAAGAAAAACAAACCAGCUCUGUAGGAAAGAGUCAGAGAACCUGUUUACUUUCUGUCAUUUUUGCUCAUAUGCCACAGUUCCAUGUGAUGGGCUGAUGAUCCAUUUCCCCACAAGAUCAACACUGCAGCUUCCAUCUCUUAUUUUCAGUUCAUAGAUUAUACACAACAAGGGCCUGUUGUAGUCUUGUGAGCGAACAUAGAUGAACCAGGAGGCACUGGCAGAGGAGAAAAUCCUACUCUUCAUUUGUUAUCCAAACAGUUUGUUGGAGGCCCAUUUUUCUAGAGCUGCCUCCCUAUUUUGAGGACUUAUGCAGUCACUGAGCAACUGGCUGCCAGUUCACAGUACCUUUCAUGCUCUUGCACCUAGUUUCUGCAAGAGCUCUUUGGCAGCUGUAUGAACUACCACACAAGAAAAUAGAGAAUUGAGGGUGAGGAAAGCAUGCCCAAUAAUCACCUUCUGAUCUUCUUUAGCUAAUUGGAUAGCUUCCAGGUAACCUGAUUAGAGCAGAUGCUGAAGCAGUGGGAUUUCUGGAAAUCUUGCAUUUUCAUUACCUCCUUUGCAAAACAGACGUUCCCAUCAUCCUGGAAAUCACAGUAUAGCAUUUGGAUGAACUGAGCAUUUUCUACAGUUUACGUGCAGCAGAGGCUUUGUCUGAUAUUUUUAAGGCAAAAUGGUUGUAAUGAUUGGUUUUGUUUACAAAGAAAAAUUGAGGUACUGUUGCUAGCUUGCAAAGUUAGGUAGUUCUAAGUUUUAUGUCUUCAGUGACAUCAGGCUUGUGUAAUACUGAUACAGCUGUAGGCCAAGUCUGUCUCCACAGGUUUCUUGCCUCCUGUCAACAGUGAAGAGGUUUGUUGCUCAGCUGUUUCCCUGCCGUGUUGCAGAGUGAAGCCUGACAGAAUUAAGGGCUUUGACUGGAAAGUCAAACUAGCGAGCCUGAUUUCAUCAUGUGACUUAAUUGUCUGCAAAAUAUAUGUAAUCAACGGGAAUGGAAAUUGUAAUAAAAAUGGAUGGAACAUGAGGCUACCCAGCUAGAAAAGCAGCAUGUGCAUAGUGUGUAUGAAAAUACAGCUGCCUACUUUAAUGAUCUGCAGAGCAAAGCAUGGCCUCGUGUGAGAAACUUUUUGUUGGAGCAAAAGCCUGGCAGUCUCGUUGCUGACAUAGGUUGUGGAACUGGAAAGUAUCUCAGUGUCAACAGUCAGGUGUACAAUCUCGGCUGUGAUUACUGUGGACCACUGGUAGAAAUUGCAAGGAAGAGAGGUGAAGAAGUUCUGGUUUGUGACAACCUUAACCUUCCUUUUAGGGACCAGUGCUUCAAUGCAGUCAUUUCCAUUGGAGUGAUCCAUCAUUUCUCGACUAAACAAAGAAGAAUCAAAGCAAUAAAGGAAAUGGCGAGAGUACUGAUGCCUGGAGGCCAGAUGAUGGUUUAUGUUUGGGCUAUGGAACAAAAGAAUCGUCGCUUUGAGAAACAAGAUGUAUUUGUUCCCUGGAACAAGGCCUUGUGCUCACGGCAUUUUUCAGAAUCGAAUCAAUCUGGAGAUAAGGGAGAGUUUGUGCAUGCAGUAAAAAGCCAAGAUAUAUACCCUGCAGAGGUACUGAGCUCUGAUUACAGCUACCAAACCAAUCUGCAACCAGAAACUGAUUCAAAACAUCCCCAAAGUACAGACCAUUGCUUAUCCAGAGCCUGCUGCAUGAAAAUUUCUGAAGAAGAAAACAGAUUUUACAGUGCUCUUGGAAGAUCUUUCCGCUCAUGGUUUUUCUCCAGAUCCCUUGAUGACUCAGCCCUCAGAAAGCAAACUGAAAAGUUGAAGCCUCUGAAGAAUGAAGGAGAAUGGACAAACAGUACCGUGCCCAUUCAGCAGUCACGACACUGCAGUCUGGAUUUAGGUCAUCACAAGGCACUGCUGAAAGAAGAAUGUUUAGAUGAUGAUGAUGUGUUUGUAGAAAGCUCACCUGUCAAAAAACUGCCAUGGUCACAAGCCAUACAUGCACUGAAGGAUUUGAGUUUAAAUGGAGGACACCAAAGUGCAGCUCAGAGCAAGGAUGAAGAAGCUGCAUUUAUAAAUGGCCCAGUGGAAGACAAGGACCACAGCUGCAGCUGUAAUAAAGAUGAUGCUGUUAAGUCUAAUGCCAGCAAGUUUUUCAAAAGAACUUCAACAACUGACUCCACUGACUCUGCUUUGGAUUCAGCAGUGUCUGUUGGGGACCAAUGUGAUGACACACUGGAUACAAAAGCCUUCAUGCGUUAUUAUCAUGUUUUUCGGGAAGGGGAGCUGUGCUCUCUGAUAGAAGAGAAUGUGCCUGAGCUUCUGAUACUUUCUUCCUGCUAUGACCAUGGAAACUGGUGCAUUAUUGCAGAGAAAAGAGGACAAUAGCCAUAAACAGGACAAACCAAUGUAGUGACUGAGGAUUUUAAGCUGCUUCUUGUGUUCCUGUGAUUGUACAGUGUCACAUGGAAUUUGAAUCCCUUGUAGUCAUGUGCCAUUCAUUCCUGAGUUUAUUACAUAUGUAAAUAUCUAAUACAAAGCCUGUAUAUAGGACUGUAAGUGGCAAACAAUAUUUAUGUUUUGUUAAACUUUUAUGAAGUUAAAGUUGAAGAGUUUUAUAUUGCUUUUAGCAAACAAUUGUGUUUUUAAAUAUACUUUUCUAUUGAAAAAUAAAACUUUUUUAUAAGACAAGGGAAGGAUCGGGACAUCUUUUAUGAAAAAUAUCCUCUCAGUAGGACAUUCAAGUUUUGUUCUUGAGAUGCUUAAAAUAUGUGACAUUGUUCCCUGUUCUUGAAGUCAUAUGAAUAUAGACAUAGACAUAUUUUGAAAAACACUUGAGUAUAUACUGCUUGAGUGCAUGCUGCAGAACUGGGAGCAAGCAUGGUCCUAGUGCUACUUAGUUUGGAGUAGAGUUGUUAGUGGGCAAUACUAUGUACAGAGCAAGCUUGGCAUCUUCUGUCAUUUGUGACUAGUAUUUCAGAAUAAAUGGCAGAAUGAAUUUUGAACAGCAGUUUGGAUUUUUGUUUUGAAAACAAUUUAAUUUGUGCCUCAGUUGUAAGUUAGGUUCUGCAUGUUGGCUCUCACUUUAAUUUCCUGUGCUGCAGGUUUUCACUGGUUAUAUGUAUAUACAAGUCAGAGGGACUAGUGAGAGUAUCAGUACUAGGUAAAGGUUACAAAAUAUCAAAUAUUUGAGAUGCAUAUCUCUUUUUUUUAAGCUUGGGUAGCUAAGGUAAAUAACACUUGGUACGAUUAAUAAGAUCCCAGUGCACGUCCAGUCAGCUGUCAUAUUAACUCUCCUCAUUCAUUGACACGAGAAUAUAUACUAAAUGGCGUGUUAAACAAUGUGGAUAGGAAGAGGAAACAAGUCGAAUUUUGUAUCUAAAAUACAACUUUUCCAGUCUAUUUUGAGUAAGUAGAUGGGUUUUGGAUUGGAUUUUGACUUGGAUGGAUUUUGAACUGGGUGGAUUUUGAGUUGAUCAGUAGAAAGCCCUGAUGGUACUGGCUGUUUUUAGAUGUAGCUGCCCAGGAGUAAUUACUGCAUGGUAAUGUACUAUACAUCUAUUUACUGGAGUAGUGCCUGUACCAGAAUCAUCUUUUGUCUUCCUCUUAGUUUGGAUCCUUGUACUUUAUCUUUCCCAGGCCUGAACCAAGUGCCAGAGGCAAAUCCCUACAUUGCCUACUGCCUUUCAAAAAUAAAAACUAUCCAUCUGAAACUUCUGAAAUAUUAUUCCGCUGUGCCUGAGCCUUACCUCGGAGCAUAGGCAAUAUUCCCUAUGUGACUGGGUCCAGCUGUUCUCUGCUCAGGGGCUGCUCCAACCGCAUCCUCCAUCUCCAGUUUCUGAAGCACAGUGCUUAGAUGCUUGUGGUGGUGAAUUGCAGAGCCCAUGGGGGUCAUGAUCAGCUCCACACCUCAUCUGCAAUGUUGUCAUGUCUGACCAGUAAGGCUUACCUCAUUUCCUGAGAAUUUCUGGAGGAGCCUGAGGAGUUAGAACCAAACUCAUUUUCUUCCAGACAGAUAUUCAGCACCCCUGGAAUUUGGGCCCUGUGUAGAAAUGAGAUAGUUAUUUAUCCAAUCCUGAAAGUUUGUUCCUAAAGUCCAGCAUGCAGAAACUCCAUUGCACAUAUAUUAGAAUAUUCAUUAAAAGUAAGAAUCUCUUGAAAACUUUAUAACAAAUGAAUGAAUAAAUAAAUAAAAUCCAUUUUCCCCUGCAUUCUCAGAGAUGCCCAGGCUACAAGAUCUGGGUGCUGUAGGGUUAAAGGCAAAUAUGUUGUAUUUCUUGUCUGACUUAGAGGCAAAAUUGUCCCCCUGGUUUUGCCAAUAUCAAAUCUGCUACUGACCUCAGUACAUCUGCUCAUAAGUGGCGCAUGGAGAUGUCUUGAUUACACAACAGAACAUGCCCCAUUUUUUACAAUUUAAUUUACCGGAAUUAUUGUUGGUCUGAACUGGCUGAACAAAUGCUGCUACUGAGUUAACUCUUACCAACCAUAAUCAGAAGGCACAACUACGAUAAAAUGGAUGCAAUUGAACAGAUCUGUUUCUGAAGGACUAAUACAAUUGUAAUCUUUGAUAAAUGACAUUUUGUCCUUUUAUUUUUUUAACACAUGGAAUAUUUAUAUUAGAAGUGCAGAAAAAUCACUUCUUUUUCUGCUAAUGAGGACUAAUUUACCUUCUUCCAAGCUCGUUAUGUAGGAACUGUAAAAGCACAGGUGAGGUAUGAAAGCUGUAAGUAUGCCAGCAGACCUUUUUCUGGCACAUAUUUAUAUACGAGUUACUUAUGUGCACACUGUACAGUCAUGCUGAAUGAAGAGCUGUGUGUUCUACACCAGCAGAACUUUUUAAACAAACCACAUUGGUGGAUUCUGAAGAGAGAUGGUGGCUCCAAGCCUGUAACAUCCCUGCCAUAUCGAGCUGCAUUCAUGUCUCUAUGGGGCUUUCUUGGUGUUGACAUUGUGUUGAACCCAUUGGUCUACCCAUUUCCUUUUGACAGGAGUUGUGGCUAUUUUAGUGUUCCAUGAAAAUGAAGUGUGUCAAUGUUAAAUAUAUACAGUUUUGUAUCUAUCCUGUGCAUUCAGCAUUUCCUGUUCUUAGAGUAUAUUAAUUCUGGCAGCUACCUGUGAUUUUAUCUUCCAAUCUGCUGAUCACAGUCAUGCUUAGGUACUGCUCUGUAAUCAAUUCUUUGUCUGUACAUAGAACCUAUUACCUAGUAUUUGACAGAAAAUAAAUCUUACUUGGAUAAAAUAUGAUUUCAUACAGAACUUCUGUGCUUUAGGAUUAGUUAAUAAAUACAUUAGCCACUGG